AUGACCUCGACGCGGCCCCAAGAGGUCAGCCUGGCGCGGCUCCUUCGCGUCUACGAGUCCAAGGCCGCAUCGUCCGCGGGCGGCGCCCCCACAUCGCCGCCGGCGACCCCGUCGCGCGGUCGCCGCGGAGCGCCCUCGCCGUCGGAGGAGGAAGAUGCACCCACCGCCGGGGGAAGAUCUCGGGCGAGCGACGACGAGCGGCACGCGCCCGGGGGACCGUCGCGCCCGGGCUUCGACGCCGUGAACGACGCGAAGGCGCAUCAGCACGUGGAGGUCAUGCGCGGGCUCGUCACCGAGAUCCGCGCGAGGGACCCCGCAACGGCCGACGCGUACGCGGCCCGCGUCGACCGAGUCGCGUCGACCGUCGUCGUCGCGCUCGGCGAUCCGGGAUCUACGUCGUCGACGUCGUCGUCGUCGCGCCAUCGCGCGGCGCCGUACGUCACCGCCGCCGCGGGCGCGGCGUCCUCAUCCGCGCGGGAGUGGCGACCGUACAAGCCGCCCGCGCCCGUCCGCAGAAGGGCGACCGGCUCGGCGUCAUCGCCCGAUCCCAAAUCGUCGUCUGGCGUCGCGACCAACACAGCUGGCGGCGGCGCGUCGAGACAGCGUCGCGAGGGCGGGGUCAAGAUCUCCGACGCCGGCGACGCGCACAUCGCGCGGCAGAGAGCCGCGCAGGAGGAGCUCACCGACGAGAUGCUGGAGCUGGCGGGCGGCAUCAAGGCGAACUCGUUGGCGAUGGAGGCGAGUCUGAGGGAGAGCCGGAGGGAGCUCGACGUCGUGGAGGGAUCGCUGGACCGCAACCUGGCUGGGGUCAAGAAGGAGCGAUCGCGGCAGAAGGCGAUAUACGAGACGAACAGGCGCGGGGGGUGUUGGACGUGGAUCGUCUUAGUUCUCGUCGGCGUCGUCUUCACGUGGGUGGUGGUGUACAUGAGGUUCACGCACGAUCGGACCAAGUUUCGCGUUUAA